ACGCUUGGGGGGCCGCCCCCCCCCAGCCGGCUGGCCGGCGCCGGGUGCUCCAAUGAGAGCGGUUGCCUCUCCCUGCCUCGCGGAGCCAGGCGGUGCCGGCCGGAGCCCGAGUCCGGGUCCUGCGUGCGCGAGUCCGGCAGCAGGCGAGGAUGAUGCCGGCUCUGGCCGCCCAGAGGCGGGGAUGGCGCUGCCUCAACCGGCUGUACCUGCGGUGCCCGGCGGCGCAGCUCAGCCGGGUCUGCCACGGAUGGCAAGGCUCAAUGAAAUGUGGAAGUCUCUCUCACAUACUGCCAUGCAGUCGUCUGCCAGUCCAGUCACUGAGUCAAGUGAGAGUUUACACCUCUGAUGGUCAGAAAAAAGGCCCUGUACCAGGCCCUGAAGGAGCUGAGCACAAACCUGGAACAGCACGGGAUACCGGCAGUGCAGGCCAAAAACCACUUUUAUUGCAGGAGCCAAUCCAAGUAAAAGUUAAAGCGGUUCUUAAAAAGAGAGAGUAUGGACCAAAAUACACACAAAAUAAUUUCAUCACUGGUGUCAGAGCAAUAAAUGAGUUCUGUCUUAAAUCCAGUGAUCUAGAACAGCUGAGGAAAAUCAGACGACGAAGUCCCCAUGAGGAUACUGAGGCUUUCACUGUAUUUUUGAGAUCAGAUGUAGAGGCAAAAUCUCUAGAAGUUUGGGGAAGCCCGGAGGCUCUUGCUAGAGAGAGAAAACGGCGUAAAGAAGCAGAGAUAGAAUACAGAGAAAAUCUGUUUAGAAACCAAAAGCUGUUAAAGGAGUACAAAGAUUUUCUUGGGGAUACUAAGCCACGCUCCAGCACAGCCAGUAUGUUGCUCAAAGGACCAGGAAAGGUGGUGAUGGUUGCUAUUUGCAUAAAUGGGUUGAAUUUUUUCUUUAAACUACUCGCUUGGGUUUACACGGGUUCUGCAAGCAUGUUUUCAGAAGCUAUACAUUCUUUAGCAGACACUUGCAACCAGGCUUUGCUAGCAUUGGGCAUAAGUCAGUCUGCAAGGACACCAGAUCCUAGUCAUCCGUAUGGCUUCACAAAUAUGCGCUAUAUUGCCUCCCUCAUUAGUGGGGUCGGCAUUUUCAUGAUGGGUGCAGGACUUUCCUGGUAUCAUGGAAUCAUGGGUUUACUUCAUCCUCAACCCAUGGAAUCUCUUCUUUGGGCUUAUUGUAUCUUAGCAGGAUCACUGGUGUCUGAAGGAGCUACCCUUCUUGUUGCUAUAAAUGAAAUUCGAAGGAGUGCCCGGGCCAAGGGUCUGUCAUUUUAUCAAUAUGUCAGGCUCAGUCGUGAUCCCAGUACAAAUGUGGUGUUGUUGGAGGAUGCUGCAGCAGUUUUGGGUGUGACGUUAGCUGCUACUUGCAUGGGUCUGACUUCUUUAACAGGCAACCCUUACUAUGACAGCCUGGGAUCUCUAGGUGUGGGAACUUUGUUGGGAGCUGUGUCAGCUUUUCUCAUCUACACCAACACAGAAGCAUUGCUGGGACGAUCCAUUAAUCCUGAGCAAUUACAGCGACUUACUGAGUUACUGGAGAGUGACCCUGUCGUUAGAGCAAUUCAUGAUGUUAAAGCCACAGACAUGGGAUUGAGCAAAGUGAGAUUCAAGGCAGAAGUAGACUUUGAUGGACGGGUUGUGACUCGUUCUUACCUGGAAAAGCAAGACAUUGAACAGCUGCUACAAGAAAUUCAGCAGGUGAAAACUCUUGAGGAAUUAGAAGCCUUCAUGCUUAAACAUGGAGAGAAUGUCAUUGACACACUGGGAGCUGAAGUAGACCGGCUUGAAAAGGAGCUAAAGCAACGCAAUCCUGAUGUUCGACAUGUAGAUUUGGAAAUAUUGUAGAUUUGACAGAAGAAAUCCGUGGAGUACUCUCUUUUGGAAACAAGUCUGCACAGAGAUGGAACAGCUAUUGAAACUGCAGUCACUUCCAUACCAUGCCUCAUUUACUUCAUGCUGUAGGCUUCCUGAAUUGUUGUUACUGAAUCAGUUUCCAGAACAGCUAUAGUUUCCGGAACAGCUAUAGAUUCAGAGUCAACAACUUUGUAUAGAAGAUCAGUUCAACAAAAGCUACUUAGCAUAAUUUCUACAUGAGACUGUUGGAGGUGGAUUUAUUUGGGAAUUGGAACUUAAAUCUUUUAGUUUCUAUAAGGCAAAUGUUAAUGCCUGAAAAUACACAGAAGAUAGUUUCACCAUUUCAAUUUUUUGUCAACUUGCACAUCAGUUUGCACUCAUUUAACUACUUCCUUCUAGAAGCCAUUGGAGGUAUUUGCAAGAUACAGAUGUUUUAAUGUUAGAACUGGCUUUGUUUCAUUUGUUCU